AUGGAAGCUACCGGAGUCCUCAAAUUCCGGCGAUAUGCAGACGGCGACGUCUCCGACGGAGAAACAGACGGCGAGGAUUCGUUUUUCGAAUUGGUUUUCAGAUCGCCCGACCGGGUAGCCGAUGAUGCACGUGUUGAGGACGCUGCGGAGAAGGAUUUGCGGUUCGUUCGAUCUCCGAGAGGUGUUUUGCAGAGUGAAAACGGCGCCUCGACCUCGAAGGCGGCGUCGCCGGUCACUCUCCUCCGGUCGACGCCCAAGUUCAAGGUCUUCUCCUUCAGUUUCAGAAAACCGACCAAGGGCGAGAAAACUCAGUUCGCCGCCGAUUCCAGCUCGAAAAUUGACGGGAGCGACCGUCUCACGGUUGCGGCGGCCGGAGACAACAGCCUGAGGAGCCAAUUGCUGAGAGAAGCGUCGGAAAUCGAAGCUUCGCCGGUUAAAAUACCGUCGACGGCCAAGUACCUGAGGUUGAUUAAACCUCUGUACCAAAAGGUGUGGAAGAGGCAGAACGAGAAGGUUAAGUCGUCGGAUUCAUUGACGCAGUCAUCUCCACCAGCGCCGGCGAAAUCUGAGAGCAGCCGGACGGGAAGCUUUAAGAUCGUGUCCAAGCGUCAACGGAAAAGCCGAUCGGCGUCGCUGCCGCCGUCCGGCAGGAGGGACGAUCCGCAGAAUGAUGGAAUUCAAGGUGCAGUUCUUUAUUGCAAAAAAUCAUACAACUCGUCGUCGUCCAGAGAAAUUUCGCAUCUAUUUCGAACUUCAAGUGAUCCUUGGGAAGAAAAAAUGGAAAAAGAAAAUCAAAAAUCAUGGUGCGUUGCGGUAACAAACCUAGUCGGGCUCCUGAACAUCAUCACGCUCGUCCUCUCGAUCCCGAUCACCGGCGGUGGGAUAUGGCUUUCCCUGCUGGCCAACACCGAGUGCGAGCGGUUCCUCGACCGGUCGGUCAUCAGCGAUAGCCUGGCUCCUCGUGUCCAUGGUCGAACUCAUCGCAGGGUUUCGUGGCUCCUAUGGGUGUACCUGCAGUGCUGA